AGUCAGCCCUUCACUUCUCAGUGAUUGGGAUUCACCGUGUUGUUGCUGGGUGGAACAGAGUAAUGCUGUUGCUGCUCCUGCUUCUUCACAGUGAUGUUUCUGUUCCAGUUUUUGCUGACUCAUAUUCAGGAAAACAUGAUGCGCAGACACAAUGCCCUGUAACUCUUUCUCUUUCCCCCACUAACCUCGAAAGUUUCUGUAGUUCAUGCAAUAAAUGGCUGAGGAAACAUUUGCAGUAACAAGAGAUGAAGAGGAGACCCAGAAAAACUGUGAUGAAGACCCAUUUCAUGAUGCUGAAACGGCAUUCCCUGAUUGCUGUGCUGGCCUUAGUGAAGGCAACAGAAGCUCAGAGGUGCCAGAAAGACUGUCUAUCCUCUCUAGCAAGGCUGUGGCCCAAGCAAAAGCACUUGCUGGACCGUCAGUGGUGAUCAGUGGCAGCCAGGUACAGAGCAAGGCCUCUGCCUUAGCCAAGCACCACCUGAUGGCUGUCAGUGCAUCAGCAGGAGGCUUGCCCUGCUCUACAACAAUCUGUAAAACCAAGCCUGGAGGCCUUGCCUCACCAUGCUCUGAAGGUGUCUACUGUAGCCACGACCAGGAUUCAGAAGCAUCAUGUGUCCCUGGGGUGCCUGAGGGGGUUGGUAAGACACCCAGGGCAGUUGUGGCCCUAUUGGUGAACAACUUUGGGUGCUGCCACGUGCCAGCUGAUAGCGCGCAGCCUGUGGAGAGCUGCAUUGAGGGCAGCCCUUGCAGUCUGGGCUCGGCCAUGUGGAUGAAGACCACAACAGUAAUGGAGACCUUUGAAAAUAAGAAAAAGGAGGAAAAGGAGAAGUACCGGCUCCAGCUAGCAAUGUACCGAAGACUCCUGCUGUUGCGUUCGAUCAGGAGCUUGCACAAGCAGCUGGAGCAGCAGCAAGCCAGGUUACAGGAAUGCUAUGGCAUGGUCAUAAAUACCAAGAAAGAAGUGUUAAAACACAUUCGUUCAACCUUGCCUUCUCCUUCUCCAUAAUCAUGUUGCUGCUUGCAGAAAUUAGCUUUGUAAUGCCACUAGAGCCGUCAGUAAGCUUUCAUGCCUUGAGAUGGUUUCUUCUGAGCCAAGAGAACAUGCCCACAUGUGCUGAGAGCAGAGGGGAAAUGGCAACAGCAGAGCAAGAAGAAAGAGGAAGGCAAAACAUUGGCCCCUGAAUUUGUCUGCACGGAGCUGGAAUAAAAUUAUCUGUGUAAUAUAUGUGUAAUGCCUGAUGUGCACUUAAGGCUUCAAGCACAUGUAUGACAUGAAAAUGGAAAAAAAAAAAAAGAAAAGAAAAGAAAAAGAAAAAUGAAAAAUAUGAAAAAAACCUGAGAACAUAGUGUGGUGCGAUCAGUAAAGGUGACUUGAUGCCAGAGUUACUGCCUGCUAAGUAUGUGAUUAAGCAUGUGAUACAACACAUCUCCCUUAGAUUUUUAGUGCUAAUAGAAUGAAUGAAAUUAGGGCUCAGUUCUCUUCAAGAGCCUAACAAGUCAGGAUAUUAGGAGCACUUAAACUCAGGCUUGAUGAUCUCCACCCAGCUGCCUGCUUUUCAGAAAACUGCUAAAGCUAUAGCCUGUUUGUGGCCUCUAUCCUCCCACAAAAAGAAGUGUAUUCAUAUUGACCAGAAAUCUUUCAGGGAGGUAGAACAAAGUCAUGUACAGAGAAACGGUGCAAUUGCCUGAGCCUUAUUAGGAAGGCAAGCUAAAAACAAAGGCCUCAUAAUCUGGCAUUAUGUUGGAAGCCCAGACUGUCAGUGCCAGGGGAAUGUUCGAGGUCUGCACAAUUAUUAAUCUGCUGCUAACUCCCAGUGGCACUAGUGUCUGCAAAUCAAGCACAUUUUGUGCCUUACUGCUGUCAUUUAAUGGAAGUUGGUGACAAUUAGCACUUCUUAUCCAGGUGUAUUAGAUACCUGGAAAACCCUAGAGCAGUUUCUUCAAUCGCUGGGUUAGGAUGCCUGCAGGAAAUCUGAUGUCAGUAAGCAACAAACAAACAUAGAGAAAAAUAAAUUUUAUGCAUUAAAAAGACAGUCUGGGUCCCUAUUAUCAAACAGCAAAUUGAAUUGUUGAAUGUGCUAUCUUGGAGUCUGAAGCAAAAAUUAUUUGAGAAGAUAUUGAAAAGCUGGGACUUCGAGUGGCAUAGAAAUAUCUUUUUUUUUCCUUCUUUUUUUCCUUCAGAUACCCAUUUCUGAUGAUACCAGCUUUUCUUUUACCCUGUUGUUCUUACAGCUGUGUAAGUAGAUUAAGCAGAUGAGCAAUCAAACAAGUUUUUGGCAUGGAUUUGUUUUGUUUUGUUUUGGGUUUUUUUCUUUAUUCCUUUAUUUUUAUUUAUUUAUUUUUUUUUUUGCAUGAAGAGGCAAGUCUGUUCUCAUCUUUCUCAGAAUAGUGUUCUAUAUAUGGGAUUUUUUUUUCCCCUUGACUUUUUUGUGUGCUCAUAGUGGGAAGGUGUCUGUGUUUGUGUGCACACACAUGCACCUACAUACAAAUAAUCCUGAAAGGCUGGCACUUCUUUUUUUGUAGUGGAAACAGGAAUAAUCUCUCAAAAUAAUCUUGGCUGUCUUAGAGGAGUUGCUUGAUUAGAUUCACAUGCGCACAUCUGUGAGCAAGGUAUUGAAGUAAUUUAACAAUUGAAGUGCAGCACAACAUUGUUAUUAUUCCAUCUUUUUAUUUCCUUGCACCCAAAAUAAUGGAAGCCCCCUGGGUAUGCACAACCUUAGAUAGGCUUAUUCAUCUCCUUGGGCCCUUGCACAGCCUCUUACACUGCACAAGCCUGUAAUUUUGUAUGCGGAAUUACCAUAGAAACAUUCUUGGCAUCAAGGAGAUAUUUGAAGGAGCAUCCUAUACUGUCUCAUUUGGGGGAUUUGGGUUGCCGGCAGCUGUCAGUGGGCUGCCAUAGAUAGAGCUGGGGAUCUAUGUGACUUUAGGAUAUUACUCGUCUGCUCUCAUCCCACCCAGCUCUGUUCAGCCUUGGGGAAGCUGUACUCAGCCAGUAAUGCACAUUUACCAAAGAACACUAACUCACCUCAGAGGUAAUCUGUUCUGUCUUAAUAUGCCUCCUAGGAAGGACUAUGCAAAGAUUUGAUUUUUUUCUAAAAUUAUUAGAAUUAUUUAUUAAAACCUUUUUUUUCAAU